GGCGUAUUGAUAUUUAAAUCAUCCUGCAUUCUGAUCAAAUUUAUAUAGCUUAAUUCGACUGAACCGCCUAUUGGCAUCGUGAUUUCCUUGAUGGUGUAACACAUUCAAGGGUGUCUUCUCACUUUGAAAGAUUACAGACGCAAAAUGCAUCUUCGAUUUAUGGUUUUAUUGCUUUCGGUCCUUGUUCUCAUAACAUGUACAGAGGCCCCGCCUCCUCCUGAAUGCAUGUCACCAGUUGCACAAAACCGCCCAUCACACUGCCAGGUGGUCUGGGGUCGCAAAGCACUAAAUACCUUAGAGCGAUUACUUAAAAAAGAACUUAUUGACGAAGAGAUGAAUACAGAAGAGCGAAAUCUCGGCGACAUGGAGGAAGCGGAAGGCCAAGAAACCAGAAACCUUGAUGACGAAAACCAAAACCUAUAUGAUGAAGUACGGUUUUUGGAAUUGCUGCUAGAUUUGAAGGGUGAAAAUAAUAUAAAGAAAUAAAAAAAGGUAGAAGAAACAGUUAAGUGGUAUUCACACGGGGUCAAAUCGGACAGCGCCGUACGACGCUUCCUGAUGUGAUUUAAUGCUUCCUGAUGUGACUGUCGGGAACAGUUUUACUCUUAGGUCUUCUUGAGAAAAUAUUUUGCGAAACGACUGUCUCCGGUUUUAUAAAUUUGGGAUUCUACUGUACUCAAUUGUAAAUCCCUGUUUUUAACUGACAUUUGUCUCAAACCUUUGAAAUAAUUCUUUUCUCAACAUUUCAAGACUAUGUGUUUUGUAAGUUUCAAUAUACAUCUAUCUGUAUUUAUUUAUAACUUCAGAGAAGAAAUAAAAUAGGUCUACGGUGAGAUUCUUUACUUUUAGUUAAGUUUAAAACAAUUAAUAUUCAUAAAGUAUAUAAAAAAUAUCAUUUUUUUUUGUUGCAGAAUAGAACCAU